AUGCGACUUUUGCUGUUGCUUCCACUUUAUUUUGUACAGACAACUGAUGGUCAGCUAUCCGCAAUGUUUGGGAAUCCCAUCCAAGCUCCAAAUUGUGAAACCUGGAGUUCGUGGGGUCCAUGUGUUUGGCUGAAAGGCAAGGAGCGCAAAUCACGCUGGAACCGGGGCUACUUUGACCAGCUGCUGCCUGGUCGGCAAGGUUGCCGUAAUCACGUCUUCUUCCGGCUCCUCCGGGAUCGCUGGGGAGUCGCCUUUGAAAACUUCUACAACUAUCUGAGGGAGAUGACACAAUCUGAAGAACAAUGCGGACAAUGCUCAUACCAGCAGAGCUGCGGUCGCUCGUGCCAUAGGCGAGGUGAUGUGGGAAUGAUUAAUCCGUUAUUCGUUGCCGAACGUCGCUGCAUGGAUGUAGAUCAGCGUUCUGCGUGUGUUAGCAAAUAUAUGCCAAAUUGCAAACUUUGGCCGAAUGCCAAUAUCCAACUGCCUAACGUCACCUAUUCGAUGCAGCAGAUUAUCGACAAUUUGGACUAUUUGACGUGCGUUCCAGAGCAGAGAGCAAAUGGACCGGUCUGUCGCUGCUGUUGCCAUCCCUACACUCCCGAUCCAGUGACUUUCGAGUGUGAGCUGAAGCCCUUCAUUGAUCAGACCCCAUUCGGU